AUGGGAACAAAACAGACUCACAUCCAUGCAGUUCAUCAGGCCAGCUUCCUGCUGAGGGCAGCUCUGCUCUCUCUCCUGCUGUGCGGCCCGUGGCACGUAGCAUCAGACUCAGAUGAGGUGGUCCUGACUGAGUGGGAGAUCUGGAAGAGCAGCCAUGGCGUAACCUAUGAUGAACUGGACGACAUGCAAAGGAGGGCCAUCUGGGAGGAGAACAAGCAGAUUAUUGAAGAUAAUAAUCAGGGGUUUUUUAUGGGGAUGAGGCCGUUCACUAUGGCCAUGAAUAAAUAUGGAGAUCUGACAAGACAAGAAUUCCAGGUUUUGCAAGGUGCCAUGAUUGACGCCCAGUUCAUAAAGAGAGGGAAGACUGUCUCUGCCCGAAGGCUGCAUAGCAAUGCUAAGAAGUUAAAUGUUUGGUUUGUCGACUACAGGAACUUGGGUUAUGUCACUGAGGUGAAAGAUCAGGGUUACUGUGGCUCAUGCUGGGCUUUCAGCACUACGGGAGCUAUUGAGGGACAAAUAUACAAGAGGACGGGUCAGCUUGUAUCCUUGAGUGAGCAAAACUUGGUGGACUGCUCCCGACCGUACGGCACCUUUGGCUGCAGUGGUGCCUGGAUGGCCAACGCCUACGACUAUGUGGUGAACAACGGGCUGCAGUCGACAAGCACCUACCCUUACACCUCAGCGGAUACCCAGCCCUGUUAUUACGACAGCAGACUUGCCGUUGCUCAUAUUAAAGACUACAGGUUCAUACCCAAAGGAGAUGAGCAGGCCCUGGCUGACGCCGUGGCAACUAUUGGUCCAAUCACAGUAGCCAUUGAUGCAGAUCAUCCAAGCUUCCUCUUCUACAGCUCAGGAAUAUACGACGAGCCCAACUGUAACCCCAACAAUCUCAGUCACGCGGUGCUGCUUGUUGGCUACGGUUCUGAAGGAGGCCAAGACUACUGGAUCAUCAAAAACAGUUGGGGUACCAGUUGGGGUGAAGGCGGCUACAUGCGAAUGAUCCGGGAUGGCAGAAACGCUUGUGGCAUUGCAAGCUAUGCCUUGUACCCUAUUCUAUGA